GAGGAGGAGGCGCGCUCAUGAGGAGGUGCAGGCUCGCGCUUUAACAGUAGAGAGAGAGAGAGAGAGAAUCAAACAGCGUGCGGGGAUCCAGCCUAAUGGCUUACACUGGGUCACCAUGAGCAGUCAAUAAAUGAUUCGCGUCAAGCAUUCCGCCCUCUCCUCCUCGUGGACCUUUUGUUUUUCUGCACGCGGGGAAGCUGACACCGCAAACUCAUCUGUAUGAUCGGGCAGCAGGAGCACGCAGCAUGGUCCGGGAAACCAGACAUUUAUGGGUGGGAAAUUUACCCGAAAAUAUACGAGAGGAGAAAAUCAUCGAGCAUUUCAAGCGAUAUGGACGAGUGGAGAGCGUCAAGGUCCUGCCCAAGCGAGGUUCAGAAGGAGGAGUCGCAGCCUUUGUGGAUUUUGUGGACAUUAAAAGUGCUCAAAAGGCUCAUAAUGCUAUCAACAAGAUGGGGGACAGAGACCUGCGCACUGAUUACAAUGAACCAGGAACUAUUCCUAGUGCAGCCAGGGGUCUGGACGAUAGUCUGUCCUUAGGCUCUCGUGGCCGGGAUGUAUCAGGGUUCACAAGGGCGACUGGGGGGGCUGUGUAUGGGGCCCCCACGUCGCUUCACAGCAGAGAUGGACGCUAUGAACGCAGGCUAGACGGGAGUACUGAAAGUCGGGAUCGGACGUAUGAUCACAGUGCCUAUGGACAUCACGAGCGUCCUGGUAGCAGUUUCGACCGCCAGCGGCAUUAUGAAACGGAAUAUUAUCGUGAUGGAAGAGAGAGGACUCUAAGCAGCGCUGGAAGUGGGUCUGGUACCACCAGUGGAAGUGGUACAACCGUACCUUCAGGAGUCAGUGGAACUAUAGUUAGCGCUGUUUCUGGAAGCACCGGAGCUGGAGGAUCCGCAGGGGGAUCAACGGGAGGAAGUGGGGGAUCUACGUCCAGUGUGGUUGGAUUCUACCGCUCCCACAGCAGGAGCCCUUGUCGCUUUGAGACACCGGAGCCUCGCUAUGAGUCUCGUACCAGAGAACCGUUUACGCUGGCCAGUGUGGUUCAUAGGGACCUUUACCGAGAGGACAGGGGACGGCGUGGGGACAGGCCGUAUCGCCACAGUCGUAGUCGGUCUCCACACUCAACACAUUCACGAAAUCCCUCUCCUCAGAAGCUGGUGAGUCAGGCUACCUGUCCUCCACGGUCCCACAGUGGGUCAGGCUCCCGGAGCCGCUCCUCCAGUUCGGACUCGGUCAGCAGUACCAGCAGCAGUACAAGUGGCAGUGACUCAAGCAGUAGCUCAAGCGAUGACUCUCCAGCACGUUCAGUGCAGUCCGCUGCUGUUCCUGCACCGUCAGCUCUUGGUUUAUCCUCCUUUGACAAGGAUGAACAGCGUAAAAGUUUUGGCAUCAAGGUCAAAAAUCUUCCUGUGCGCUCGACAGAUACAAGCCUAAAGGAUGGUUUGUUUCAUGAAUUUAAGAAACAUGGAAAAGUUACAUCGGUACAAAUUCACGGAGCUUCAGAGGAGCGCUACGGGCUUGUCUUUUUCCGCCAAGAAGAAGACCAAGAAAAGGCGCUUGGAGCAUCAAAGGGGAAGCUUUUUUUUGGAAUGCAAAUCGAUGUCACCACCUGGAACGGUCCUGAGACGGGAAGUGAAAAUGAGUUUCGACCCUUGGAUGACAGGAUCGAUGAGUUUCACCCAAAAGCUACACGAACGUUAUUCAUAGGUAACUUGGAGAAGACCACUACUUAUCAUGAUUUGCUUAACAUCUUUCAACGCUUUGGAGAAAUUGUGGAUAUUGACAUAAAGAAGGUAAACGGAGCCCCACAGUAUGCUUUUCUGCAAUACUGUGACAUUUCCAGUGUCUGCAAGGCCAUAAAGAAGAUGGAUGGCGAGUAUCUUGGUAACAACAGACUAAAGCUGGGUUUUGGAAAGAGUAUGCCUACAACAUGUGUUUGGUUGGAUGGUCUAGUGUCAAGCACAACAGAGCAGUUUCUUACUCGCCGUUUUUGCCGCUAUGGACAUGUUGUCAAGGUUGUAUUUGACCGGAUGAAAGGAACUGCCCUUGUCCUUUAUAACAACAUUGAAUAUGCGCAAGCCGCAGUGAAAGACACAAAAGGAUGGAAAAUAAGGGGCAGUAAAAUUAAGGUGGACUUCGCAAAUCAGGAAAGUCAGAUGUCUUUUUAUCGCUCAAUGCAGGCAUCAGGACAAGAUAUACGAGACUUUUUCGACUUUCUUUCUGAAAGAAGAGAGGAUCGACGAACUCAAUAUGAAUUUCCAACAGAAAGACCAUAUUGUGAGAAUGUGCGAACACCUGGAACAUAUAAUGAAGAUCCAAGACGUAAAUACCCUGCAAGGAGUCGAGAGUUUUACGCUGACUGGGACCCAUAUCAAGGAGAUUACUAUGAUUCACAGUACUUUGAUGAACCUCGUGAAUAUCGGGAAUACAGAGCUGAUCCUUAUGAGCAGGACAUUCGCAAAUACAGCUAUCUGCAACGGGAACGUGAACGAGAAAGGGAACGCUUUGAAACAGAUCGUGGACGUGAUCACGGAAGGAGGACUGUUGAGCGUAGCCAGAGUCCUUCUCACGUUUCCACUCGUCGUCCCGUCAGUCCCACGGCAUCUCCCUCGCUUUCUGAGAGGGUACCAAGUGAUUCUGAUCGUCGCAUUUGUUGCCGGUCCUCUGAAAGAAGUGGGAGCUGCAGUUCAGUCUCUCCAUCCAGGCUUGAAAAACUGGAAAAGGCCCACUCUGAAAGAUAUAAUAAAACUGAAAAACUUGAGAAAGAUAGAAGUUUUGAAAUUGUAAAAGGAAAUCUGGUGGAAAAGGAUAAACGAGCUGGGCGAAAGGAUCGAGGGGACAAAGACAAAAGUGAGAAACAACGGCUUAAGAAGCUUAAAGUCACCUCACCUACACUCCAGACAUGUGAAACGGAGCCUGAACUUGAAAGAGAUAUUAGCCCGGAGUCUAUUCAUCGAAUUAAGACCAGUAAAAUUCUAAAGGACGUCUCCAGCAAAGGAAGGUUGGACCUUCUGCCUUGUGUGGUGCAGUUAACACGAGUUAAAGAAAAAGAAGGAAAAUUGCUUGGUCACGGUGUUCAAGAAAAACAAGUACAGAGAGCAGGGAGUAACAGUCCUAGACUGGCAUCACCUACAGCUGACCAGAGAAGUCCUCUCUUCCACUCUGAAUCAUCAAAAGCUGACAAGCAUGUGAAGGCACCCAGAGACAAAAAUAUGCACAGUCAAGUGGAAAUUAUUGAAAAAGACGUAAAAGUAAAAUCCAAAAAGCAUGCGAAAUCUGAAAUUGACUUUGACAAUACCGUUUCUGUGAAUGUUGACCGUUUAGCUGCAAGAAAAAGACGUUUUGAAGAAUCUGGGAGAACAGAUCGACAAAAGAGAGCGAAUGAAGAGGAGUCCGGCAGAUCUGGACUUUACAUGCUGUGGAACAAUACAAAGGAGACAGAUUCGGAAAAGAACCUUCUGAUACGAGGAUUACAUAAAAGACACCACAAAGACAAAUGUGUUCGCAUAAUUUCUGUUAAUAAUCCUAAAGAUGACGGACACUCGGAAAACAAUUCUGUAGGCCUUCCUCUAGAGGAGCAAUGUCAUCUUGAACAUUCCACAACACAGAUGGACUCUCCUUUUUAUAAAAUGGAGCUGGACGGCUCAAAAAGUGCAAACGACUUAAAUCUUACAAAGACAUCAGAUACCAGCAGGCUUGAUACGGAUGAACUGAAAGAACAAAAACAAGUUUUGUCUGAAAAUGUACAUGUGAGAGCCAAGUGCAGAGAUCCUGAUGGAGAUGAACAUUUUGUUGGAACUGACCAGACUAAUAUUUGUACUAAAACUGAACAGAGUCGAUGGCUCCGGUCCAAGCUUGCUGAUCGUGAUAAAUUAGUCAAAUCCACAAGCAUUGGUGCCGCUGAUUUAGAAAAGGAAUAUAUUGUGCAUGAUAUUGGAAAAUCAAUUCACGAUGUAGUCAGUGAUAACUUCUCUUCUAGUAAACGGAAAAAAAUGGAGAGUUUUGACUUUGACAUACACAGAGUAAAACAAGAAGGUGACUUUGCAAGUGCCCAAAAGAUGAAUGAAAACAUCUACAAUAUACCAUCUACCAUAGGAGCUGGUCAGUUUUCUGAAAAUGAGGAUGAUGACACAGUUCGGAUUUCUUCAUCAGUCUUAAAGAAAGAAAGAAAAUUCUCUCCAGCAAUGGAAGAAAAGUUUUCACCCACAGAAUCGUUAAAAAAUAGUUUGGGCAUUACAUCCAAACAUUUUCAGUCUUGUAAUAGUAAACUUCCUAAGCUUAAAGCGUCCUUGCUUAGAUUUGAUGAUGAGUUAAUGCAACACUGGGAAAGACGGAUAAAGUCUGGCUCUCCUAGAAUGGAAAUCAAUUUUUCAAGUGGUAUUUCAAGACGUGAAAGAAUUCGUAAACACCUUAGCCAGGAUUUGGAACCUGGAGAGGUGCAGUCUGAUUCAGAUGAUGAUGGAGAAACCAAACACACCUCUCCCAAGUCAAGUAGUUCCUUGUCUUUUAUCCUCAGGGAUAGGGAUGAGAGGAUGGCAGACUUCAAGCUUUCAAGCUCCUUGGAGAAAAAUAAGUUUUACUCAUUCGCUUUAGACAAAACAAUAACUCCUGAUACAAAAGCACUCCUUGAAAGAGCUAAGACUUUGUAUUCCUCACGGGAAGAUAAUUGGUCUUUUCUUCCCUCACGCUUUCCAGUCUCCCACAGUUGUUCAGGCAAGGACAAAGCAGAGCUAGCACCCCGACCUAUUCCUUCUUGGUAUUUGAAAAAGAAAAAGAUCCGUACUGACUCUGUUGAAAAGUUGCACGAUAAAAAGGAAGAACUCAAGUCGCAGGAGCAAGAACGCCAGGAAUUAUUUGCCUCUCGUUUUUUGCACAGCUCAAUCUUUGAACAGGAUUCAAGGCGACUGCAGCGUCUUGAGCAAAAAGACCAAGAUUUAGAAACUGAAAGUAACAGGCCUUUUACUAAAUCAAGUGCUACUGAUGCACAUUCUGAAUCUGGAGGAACUGACUUUCCGCAAGAAACCACAGUGCUUUUUCAUAGUCGGUUUUUGGAGUUUCAACAACAAAAAGACAAGGACCACACCCCAACUGAGGCAGAGAAUGAUCCAGUGGUGGUGGAAAUUAAAAAAGCUGAAAUUAUAAACUGUGAUAAUGCGUUGUCUGAUAAGGAGCCAGAGCCAAUGUUAAAGGGUAAUGACAAAUCUGCCAGCCCUCCAUCACCAGUUUUAUCAUUUACUCCUUCCUCCAAAGAAAUAUCUUUACCAGAAAAGAAGGAAGUUUUAACCCCAUCCCCAAAUCAGUCUGUGUCGUUUGUCAAAGAUGAAAAAGUAGAGCCCAUUGUUGAAAUUUCCGCAUCCCAUUCUCUUCCUAUAGAAGAUUUCAAACCAGCUGCCCCUAAAGUAACCGUAACCCCUACACCUACAGUUUCAGAAGCAGAAAUUAAAACUGAAAUCAAAGCAGAGGUAAUUGAGCCCCAAACCAAAUUCGAUGAUAGUUUAACAGCGGAAGAACAUACUCUUGUUGUGGAAGAUCAGCUUCCCACUUCUUGUGGUUCCGUAAGUGGCUUUAAAAAAGAGACAGUCAAAUUAGCUGACGCUGAUUGUUCAAAAGUUGAAGAAAAGUCUGACGUGUCUGAAGUGAUAACGACAGAUCCUAGAGUUGAAAAUCAGGAAAUUGAACUUUCUGAGGAACCACAGAAAACGGAAACGGAUAGUGAGCCAUGUAUGCCAGAACUAGAGGCUGAAGUAAAACCACUGCCCACCCGAAGGCAGCCGAAGGGCAGGAGGGCAAAACCCCUGUCUGUACUGCGUACUGCGCAACCAGCUCGCAGUGUCAGUACCAAAAAACCUGCAACACGAAAGAGUGAACGAAUUGACAAGGAAAAACUCAAAAAGACAUCGUCUCUUCAGGAAGAGGCACCUAAACUAAUGCUUGAGUCUAAAACCACAUCUAAGUCUCCAAUACAUGCAUCAGAUUCAGAACAAAACCUUGAGUCAAGUUUAAUUCAUGGAAGAACACGUCGCAGGAAUGUGAGGUCAGUCUAUGCCACUCUACACGAAGAUGAACAAGCUGGAAAAGAAACGGCAGAGUCAUCUCGCUGCACGCGAAAACGGGGUGCUGAUAAAGACCAAAUACAUCAAGAUGUUCAAAUUUCUACUAGUGCCAGGCGAGGGCGCCCCCCUAAAAGACGGGUUAAACGAGUUGAAGAUAUAGAUCAAAAGAAAAUAACUGAAGUGGAUACAGAGGUUAAAGAAUCGUCAAGCAUUGUCGAAGUUGUGAAAGCCUCUGAGGGAUGGCGUUCACCCCGUACACAAAAACUCCAGCAAACACCUUUGACUUCCUCUACUCCAAUAAACAAAAAAGGAAGUAGAAUGAAUAAGUUGUCUAGAAGCAAAUUAACGUUAGCCAAUCAACCUGAUUUAACAAAUAAUGACGAGUCAGACCUUAAGCCUAAAGCCAGCUCUGAACCACCUGGUAAAUCAUUAGAUACAUCAGAAAAUGCAAGCUCAGGAGUACCCAGAACAGAAAAAGAUUCAGACGAAAACAUAUCUGUGGAUGCUAAUAUUGAAAAUAAAAAGCCAAACUCUUCUGAGAAGCAACAACUGAAUGCAAAAAGUAUUAAAGUUAAAUCACCACGGCUGAAACGGAAUACUAAGCAAGUCACGGAAGACAAAUCCCACAGUUUAAAAAAUCUAGAAAUUCGAGUUAGCGUUGAUGAUGUGAAGGGUUUACUCUGUUCUGAAGAUGUUGAGUCUGAGAGUUUUGAAGUUAAUACUAUUACCAAAACAAAGAUAGCAGUACAAGAGAAUGAGGAAACACCGAUGACAGACUUUCAAAAAGAUAAUAAAGAGCUUAGUUCAAUGGAAAACGAAGACACAUUGUCAGAAUCUGAACUUCCUGCUCAUCCAACGGCUGUACUUUUAGCACGACAGAUGGAACUAGAGCAGGCAGUUGAAAAUAUCGCCAAACUUACAGCUGACCAACCUCCCCGACCUUAUAAAGAACCACCUACUGGUCAACCUACUGCAUUGCCCCCUGUCAUUGUAGAACCAGAAGGUGAGGUUGAGGAGGAAAAGCGAGCUAAUCCUGCAAGUGAAACUGAACUUGCAGCUGCUAUUGAUUCUAUUACAGCUGAAGAAAUCUGUGGGGAUGCAGAUGGAUUCACAGCUCCUCCUACUUACACUGCCCUUGUUCCUACUCCUGAAUCUGUUAUCUCUUCCUCUUCAAAUGAUAUUAUGGAACCUGAAACACAUAUGGUGAUCAAUAAUAUUAUUGCAGGAAAUUUAGAUGAUGACUCUCAAACUAGUCCAAAAAGGUCAAUGACAGAAUCUAAAGCAGCUGAUGAUACUAUUCCACUUGUUGCACCUAAGAAAAUCAUCAAAGUUACAGCCAAAACCCCAAAGAAGUCAAGAAAUCGUAAAGGUGCCACUAAUAAAAAAGCAAAUACGGACGAGGAGCCCUCUCAAUCUGAGCCCUCUUCAGUAAAAUUUCCAGAGUCAAUCCCAGACGAUCCGGAAACCACAGAUUCAAAAGCAGCUACUGUUAUAGCUGGAGUAAGUGCGGUAACUUCUGUUGUUACUGCUGUUGCAACUUGUAGACGUGAUGUUACAAGUGCUAUAACUGUAGACAACCCCAAAGAGGCAGAACAGCCUGAGGUUGAACAGCCUGUACCCAAAGAAUCUGCUUUUCAUUCUAGAUCAAACAACAACUCUAUGUCUAAAAAGCAUCCACAAGCAGCAGAGCCAAGAACUCCUACCAUCAUCCCUGCUCACCCAUCACCAGUUUCCCAAAUCAGUGUACCCCUCCUCCGACCUGCCAAAAUGGCACUGUCGUCUGACUGGCCUCAGCGAACUGAAGAAAGCAGGAUCUAUGUUAAUCCUUCAUGUCAUAUCACAGUGGUAACUUCCACCCUAACUACAUCAUCUACUCUUGGAACUUCUUCAGCAAAUCCCCCAAUGCCUCCUGACACCAAGGCUUCUGAUAUUGACCCCAGUUCUAGUACCUUGAGAAAAAUUUUAAUGGAGCCCAAAUAUGUGUCUGCAUCAAACAGCAAUUCUAUACCUAGCACUAUAGUCACAUCUGCCCUGUCAGAUCUUCCACGAACAUCAGAGAAUGAUAAUCCUGCUGAUACUUGUGGUUCAAGACGGUUGCUUCCUGAACAGCGCCCACCAUUACCACUCCAACCUAUGCACCAUAAACCAUCUCCACUAACAGAAUCCCAACAAAACUGUGGAGAUAAAAUACAGCAUGCAGUUAUUUCUCCUACUACCUCAGUAAUAAGUAGAAUUCCAAUGCCUUAUGAUACAGAAGAAACUCCAAGAAUUUCUCUAAGCAACCGAUGCAUUGGCCCACCCAUUUCAAAGCAGAAGUUUAGAUCAAACUACAAUGAGAACAGCCGCUGCCAUGGCGUGGAUCUAGUAGAAGAUGUUACCAGGGGGCGCUCAGUUCUUGAACCCACUCCUUACCAUUCAGGUUCUAGUCCUGGCCUAAGGGUUAAUACGUCAGAGGGUGUUGUUGUUCUGAGUUAUUCUGGUCAGAAAACUGAAGGACCGCACAGAAUGAGAGCCAAAAUUAGUCAGAUUCCUCAAGCAAGUGCUGGUGAUAUAGAGUUUCAGCAGUCUGUGCCCAAAUCUCAGAUUAAACAAGAGCCACUCUACUCAUCAUCCCAGUCACCUACUCCAAAAGUUGUUCCAAGUCCUACUGGUUAUGGGCACACAGGUGUUCUUUUGACCAGUCAGUCCUAUAGUUCUCAGCCGGUAAUUUCAAGUCUUACACAAGAAGGUCUUGGAUGUGAUAAGUCUGAAGCUCCCUAUCAUACAUCAUCUCAGAGUGUGGUAAAGAUGUUCCAGCCACCAGUUAGUUCCCCUCAAGUUUUGAUGUAUAAUCAGGCUGUGAUUCAACAACACAGCAGGAGAGGACUAGUGACAGACCUGUUGCCAAAAAAGAUGGACAUUGGCAAACCUGUACAGCAGUCUAACCUAAGUCCAGUUAUGAGUCCACACCACCCAUCAAUAUCGGGAACCCGCAUGAGUCCUAGUCCUGGCAUCACCAACGAUCGGUCAACUCUACACCUCAAGCAGGAACCCCAGUCCUCACGAAUAGCUGGCCAUUCUUCUUUACCUUUUGUCAAAGCCUGUCCACAAAGCAGCUCUCCCAUUGGAACUUCUGUUGUUCUUAGUCAUGGUAUUCCUUCAAUGUCUACAUACCAUUCUAACAUGCAUCACCCACACUCAGAACAGUCCUCUGUCAUAAUUCAACCUCACAGUGUCACUCAGUCAAUGGCUCACAAAGCCAGAAUGAAUAACUCACCUAUAACUGGAUUAAAUUAUGGAAGGAGAGGGGACUCCUUGUCUUCUCCACAUCAAGGGCCUGCAAAGUGCACAAACACACCACAGCACAAUGUCAUUCGAGAUAUUGUAUUACAGUCUCAUUCGAGUCCAAAAGCAUCAAUAUCAGGUGGUGGUAGCAACAGUGUAAGUGAAGAAGAACCCAAGCACUUUAAUCAUUCUCUUGGAAGACCUUCAGUUACCCAUCUCCAGGCAGAUAUAAGGAUGGUUCACAGUGAUCCCAGAGGGCUUCAUCCAAACAUACGUAUGGAUCAGUACAGAGACAUGCACCAGCGCAUACUCAUGCACCAGCAACUAGGGGAGCAGGCCUCUUUGGAAGCAAGACGCAACUCAGAGUCUCAAGCAACAUCUUCAAGCAACAUUUCUUUACCUGCAAAAAGUUCUUUACUGGGAAAAAAUGUUGAGCAUUCAGCAAACGAGUCUCUAAAACCACUUGAGGGAAAGGUAGUGCAUCCAAGCUCAGGUGAAAGUAGAAUCAAAGGAGUCUCUGCAUCGAGUCCCAUUAUGAGGUCUUCUCACCCUCAUGGGAUUCAGCUCAUGCAUCCAGGAGGAGCAGGCUCUUUCCCGGUGUAUCGAGACAUGAGGGGUUUCUCGUCACAGUUUCCAGGACACAACUUGGGUAACCCAGGCAUUGCUUCUCUACAGGUCCAAUCGGAGCAGGAAGUGAGUAACAGAGGUAAAAUACCUCUAUCACAUGGUGGAGGAAGUGACUCCACACCAGAAAGCUCUCACCUUCGUCUUGCUACCUCUUCAGAGCCCUCCCACAUUUCCCGAAUAUCAGGAGAAACAAUUUCACCUUCAUACCAGUCUCCCUUGAUGUCCCCUAUGGGUCUCACUCACAAGCCAGAAAUGUCUCUGCAGAAAGCCUCUCCAGCUUUCCACCUUACUCCUCCGCCAACAGCUUCCCCAUCGAGUUCACAACAACCACGGCAUGAUACAAAGCUGGACCAUUCGGGACAUCGGCCUAUUGACAUGGUGCAGCUAUUGACGAAAUAUCCUAUAGUGUGGCAAGGGCUCCUGGCACUGAAAAACGACCAGGCUGCUGUCCAGUUGCACUUUGUGUCUGGCAACACCUUGUUUGCCCAGCGCUGCUUGCCGCCCCCAGAGGGAGGUUCUCUUCUCCGUAUUGUUCAGAGGAUGAGGCUUGAGGCUUCGCAGUUGGACAGUGUAGCACGCAGAAUGACUAUGGAGAAUGAGUACUGUUUGCUACUGGCCCUACCCUGUGGUCGAGACCAAGAAGAUGUCCUUGGUCAAACCCAAGCCUUGAAAAGUGGCUUCAUCACCUACCUGCAAGCCAAGCAGGCAGCUGGCAUCAUCAACGUGCCCAACCCUGGCUCUAAUCAGCCAGCUUACGUGGUGCAAAUAUUCCCACCGUGUGAAUUCUCGGAGAGCCAUCUAUCUCGCCUGGCCCCGGAUCUUCUCAACAGCAUUUCCAGCAUUUCCCCUCACCUCAUGAUUGUUAUUGGCCCUGUUUGAUUACCUCUAUUUUUGUCCUAAACAAAGCCAACACCAGCCCUUUUUUGGACUUUUACCAGUUCGGAAACUGGAAUUGCCUCGUUUUUAAGAGUUUUAUUUAUAAAAAACAAAAAAAAAACAAAAAAACAUUUAUGUUGGACUCACAUUUUCUCUUUCACUUCACCAAGUCCUUAAAUUAUCCAGUGAUGAUGAA